AAAAUGCAUGACAACGAUGGUCAGCCAUUAGUUUUUACAUCCGGAAGGUGGGGCUUUUGUCACUGAAACGGGUUAGCAUUUUUAGAGAACCAAUGCAUCGAUAUGGUCAAUUAAUGCAAGCUUCCAGAUAACAUCAACAACAGGCAGAAAUACAUAUCCUGCAUCGGAUGUGUCAAGAGUGCUGAGAAGUCUGCGUGAAGAGGGAGCGUCCCAGAGGGAAACAAAGACCACUCAAAUCAUGGCAACCAGUAAAAGUAAAAACCAGAGUUCACUUGCUCUGCACAAAGUGAUAAUGGUGGGCAGUGGCGGUGUGGGGAAGUCUGCCCUCACCCUACAGUUUAUGUAUGAUGAGUUUGUGGAGGACUAUGAGCCCACCAAGGCUGACAGCUACAGAAAGAAAGUGGUUCUGGAUGGAGAAGAGGUCCAGAUCGACAUCUUGGACACAGCCGGCCAGGAGGACUAUGCUGCCAUCAGGGACAACUAUUUUCGCAGCGGAGAGGGCUUCCUGCUCGUUUUCUCCAUCACCGAGCAUGAGUCAUUCACUGCCACCGUAGAGUUCAGGGAGCAGAUCCUGCGAGUGAAAGCAGAGGAGGAUAAGAUCCCGCUCCUCCUGGUUGGAAAUAAGUCGGACCUGGAGGAGCGUCGGCAGGUGUCCGUAGACGAGGCCCGUGGUAAGGCUGAAGAGUGGGCUGUCCAGUACGUCGAGACAUCCGCAAAAACCAGGGCCAACGUUGACAAGGUAUUCUUUGACCUGAUGCGUGACAUACGGGGGAAGAAAAUGUCGGAAAACAAAGACAAAAAUGGAAAAGGAAAGAAUAAGAAAAAAAAGAAGAGCCUCAGAGAGAGAUGUUGUCUACUCUGAGUUCCUCUAGGACCUUAAUAUUGCACAGGACAGCUGCCAAGAAGGGGGAGUCGAGCAGAUCAUUUCUGACAUUGCCAUUAUUAUCAUUUUUAAAUCAAUAUAAAUUUUGUGUCUUAAAUACUUUUGGGGGGGCUGCUGUGCAAUUGGAAACUAACCACUGUCCUGACUGACUACAGUGCCCGAUGAACUGCCACUGACACGCUUUAUCUCCAGACAUCCUCCUCAUGUAUGGAACUCAAGACACUGCCUUUGACUCCGCCCUAGAGGAAGUCACCCAUCAAUUAGUGCCCAUACGGUCUUUAGUUUGCAUUAUUGAUUGUCUCAUUUUACUACAAGCUCUGAAACUUUUCAAUUUGUUGUUCAAUUUAACCAAAUUUACAGCACAUAUAUUUUUUGUAAUUAUUAUUCAGGAUUUGUUUUCAUAUGCCUUUCAUAUGGGGCCAAAUAUCUACCAUUGCCAUUAUGUUUUCCACUAAAAAGUUCCACUUUGUUUUUGCAUAAGGUGCUCCAUCAUAUUGAUGUCAUGUGACCCUUCCCACAUCCCUGUACAUGCACUACAACGUCUAUUUCCUCAUGGGAGCGUUUUUGACAACAAUAUUGCUGAAAAUGUUUUAAAAAGCUGUUAAAGUGGGGCUUAUAUUUUAAUAUUUUUCACAACUGUGGUAAUCAUUCCUUGUCACUUGUUCUCCAUGUUCUAUGUUUCUAUGCUAUAUAUUUCCCAUGACUGACUAUGCUUUUAUUUCUAUGCUGUAAUUGUUAAAAUAAAUGUUUUUAUAUAUACACUGGA